CUUCAUUUCAGUUCCUCUGUGACGCUUUGAUCUUACAGCUAGCAGAAUUCACACGGGGCAUUUUGUGCUAAAAUACAUCAAGUUGUUGCUUUUUUUCCCCAUCCCUAAUAAGUAGACACGGUCUGCUUUAAGCACAGAAACAUGUCGCACACAAUUUUGCUGGUUCAACCAACCAAGAGACCUGAGGGCCGCACAUAUGCUGACUAUGAGUCAGUGAAUGAAUGUAUGGAGGGCGUUUGCAAAAUGUAUGAAGAGCAUCUUAAGAGGAUGAAUCCAAACAGUCCCUCCAUCACUUAUGACAUUAGUCAGUUGUUUGACUUUAUCGAUGACUUGGCAGAUCUAAGCUGUCUUGUCUACAGAACUGACACACAAACAUACCAACCAUACAACAAAGACUGGAUCAAGGAGAAGAUAUAUGUCCUGCUGCGGCGUCAGGCUCAGCAGGCGUCAAAGUAAAGGCGUCAGGAGUUGUCUUGCCACACACUUGGAAGGAAUUCAAGGUGCAUAACAUUUCCACAGCAUCUUGAAGAUCUGUGUAAAAGGACAUGUCAGUUUGACAAGGAAAGGGUUCACGAUAUAUUGUACUCUGGAAGUGGAAGGGGUUGAAAAUUGGGUUAACAUCAGAAGUUUCUGCCUUUUUAUAUAGAAAAAUGUGUUACAAUCGGUUUAGAAUAAGGAUAAUGCCAACAAGGACUAACUUAUUGAUUGAGAGGGAUCACUGCUUCGAGAAAAGCUCACCAGGAACUAAACAGUUUUUGUUUUUACAAUUUUUUCAAUUCUGGGAUUUUUUUUUUUUUCUAUGUGACUUUCUUUGUUUUGAUAAAGCUUUUCGUGGAAGUUGAAUUUGUACAUGCUGUGGAAUGCGAAUGCAGAUUUAUUUUUAAAAAGAGAUAAUGCUGCAGCCUGACAUACCCACCCAUUCAUGUCACUGAACCCAGAACACUAUUUCCAAUAUUUGAAGUGUUAUUAAACAUUGUUACUAAAGCCUA